AUGGACGAGUCGAGUAGGAUUUCGAUACCGGGAGUGAUAUUGGCAGCCCUGCUGCACGACAUGGAGGGCCACUCGGGCGACCUGGAGGGCUUCUUGUUCGGGUCCACCACGCGCCACGUAGUAGACAAUGUAGAAGAUGCCGAGCUCGGCGUACAAGAGGGCAAGACUCGGCUAGGGCGCCCGUUUAGCUUCUACGAUCAGCUGGGCCGAGUGGUGCCCGACCAGCUGCGCGCCUUCUGCGCAGAUCGACCCCACCACUCGCUCAUCGGUUGGUUCAAGUUUCGACGGAACACGCCGCCCCGCCUGUCGGCGAGAGAGCUGGAAGUGCACGCCCAGCUGUGCCAGCUGUACCAAAAAGAGCUCAACAAGGACCGGGAUCUGAAGCACUUUGGAUUCGUGAUGGGACUGUUCACGUCGUUCAAGGCGGCGGAGAUCAUCUCCUACGACUAUCGCUUCGUGCAGAUCGACGGCGAACGACAAAUGCGACCAAUACAGCUGGAGGUCAUCAACAUAGAGCACAGCCCGCAGCAGGAAUACGCGUCGUUUGCUCCCGUAACCGAUUUCUCCACCACCCUGAGCGCAGCGCUGAAUCCGGUGCGGGAUUCGGUCAAGCUGAUGGACAACCUCUUCGACGCCUCCAUGCGAGAGCUCAAAAGCGUGGCGCUGGAGGUGCACGAAAGCACGAAGGAGGUGCGAAAGCUGGAACGUGAAAUCGAAGAGCUCAAGCGGAGCCUCGGACAAGCCACCACGCCACGGCCGCUGAACGCUUCCUUCGGCAACUGA